AUUGUAUAGUAUUUUAACAGGACUCAAAAUCUUGCAACAUUCUAUUCACCCAAUAUUUAUUUGUUUUAUUUGUUUUAAUUUAUUUUUGGUACUGGAAAUAGAACUCAGAACUUUGCACUUGCCAUACAGACACUUUUGCCACUAAACUAUAUCCCCAGCAAAGACCUGUCAAGAGACCUGCAGCACUUAUUUUUUUUGUAUCAGGAAUCGAACUCAGGACCUUGACCUUGCCAGACAGGUGCAUGUGCUGCUGAGCUAUAUCCCAGCCCAAUUUUCUAUUCAGAAAGUCCUCAGAAUAAUCUAAAUUUGCAGUCAGGAAGACCUAGAUCUGUAUGGUAAGAACAAAUAGGAGACAACAUUGCCAAGAUGUUAUCGAUGUUGUUCCUAUUUGAUGACUUUAAGGCAGCAGUUCUAUAACAAAAGCACAAAUAGUCAAUAACAUUACUGAAGCAAGUGUAAAAGGAGAAAGUUUCUCCAGAAAUAAAAUAUGCUAAAGACAAGACAGUAACACACUUAAGAGUACUAGGAGGAAAAUACAGUACAAUAAGAAUCCUGUGUCCCAGGGCUAGGAAAUAACGCAGUGCUUAAAGUGUUUGCCUAAUAUGUUCAAUGCCUUGUGUGUAUUUAUUGUAUUAAAUCUUUGGCACCACAGAAAGAAAAGAUAUUCUGAGUUCACUUUCUAGUAAAUACUUUAUUUUACUUAAUUAUGGCCUCAAAGCUAGAAUUCAUAUAUGCAAAAGAGCUUCCUUUAAAUAAAAAAGAUAAUUUUCUUCCUAUGUAUGCACAGGAAAGAACACAGUACAUAGGACUUGGUAGUAUCCACGGUGUCAGACACAGCAGGGAACUGAGAUGCCUGGUGAUGAGUGAGACUACUAUAUUCUGAGAUGGUGCUUCAGGGAAGUAGUUUUAGAUGAGGCCAGGAGGGUUAAGUACUUACUAUAGGCCUAGUGUUCUUGUAAAAAGACAUCAGAGAUCCCCUACCCCCAUCUCUCCAGUGCAGAAGUUUUUCAAAAUUUGAACCAAAAAUGUUCCUCUAUAGUUUAUGAAAUUUUAAGAUAUGUCUGUUAUUUGCCAACAAAAGUAUCCUACAUGACAGAGAUCGUUUCCUUUUAAAUUCUUCUCUUUGUAGAAAAAAAAAUAUGAACCACCAAUGGGUUAUCUUACCUAUGUACCUCUGGUGAAGUUCAAAAAACAACUAUGCUUAGGCUUUUCAGGACAACCUAGGUUAAAAGAAAAAGAUUGAGAAAUAGAUUUGUUCAUCUAUUCCCUCCCCUGGCUCCUCCCUCAGCUUUCCUUUCUUAGAUAAAAUAGGUCCUGGAUACCUUUAUAUAUAGACUCUUCCAGUAGUGUUGUUCCAAGGUGUCCACUUCCUGAAAACUGGAAACCUCUGAUUGUCUCUCCAGUAUGAAUCUCACUGCUGCAAGUCACCGCAUACCUCUAAAUGAUGGAAACAGCAUUCCUGUCAUUGGACUGGGUACUUACUCCGAUCCUUAUACAAAAUCUCUGGAAACCUGUUUGGCAUCAGUGAAAACAGCCAUUGACGUGGGGUAUAGACAUUUUGAUGGGGCCUACCUCUACCGUAAUGAGCACGAAGUAGGGCAGGCCAUCAGAGAGAAGAUAGCAGAAGGAAAGGUGAAGAGGGAGGAUAUUUUCUACUGUGGGAAGCUGUGGGCUACAGACUUAUUCCCAGAAUUGGUCCGCCCCACCCUGGAGAGGACACUCCAGCAGCUCAAGCUGGAUUAUGUGGACCUUUACAUCAUUGAAAUACCCAUGGGCUUUAAGCCAGGAAAUGAGGUCUAUCCUAGAGAUAAGAAUGGGAAAUGGGCAUACUGCAGAGCAGAUCUGUGUGCCACUUGGGAGGCCUUGGAAGCUUGCAAAGACGCUGGCUUGGUGAAAUCUCUUGGAGUCUCUAAUUUUAACCGCAGGCAGCUGGAGAGCAUCCUGAACAAACCAGGACUCAAAUACAAGCCGGUCUCCAACCAGGUUGAGUGCCAUCCAUAUUUCACCCAGCCAAAACUCUUGAAAUUUUGCCAACAACAUGACAUUAUUAUUGUUGCAUUUAGCCCUUUGGGGACUUGUAGGAAUCCACGUUGGGUGAAUGUAUCUUCUCCACCUUUGCUAGAGGACACAUAUUUAAACUCAGUGGCGAAAAAGUACAGUAAGACAGCUGCUCAAGUUGCUUUACGUUUCAACAUCCAAAGAGGGGUGGUUGUCAUUCCUAAAAGCUUUAAUUCAGAAAGAAUCAAAGAAAACUUUCAGAUCUUUGACUUUUCUCUCACUGAAGAAGAAAUGACAAACAUUGAAGCCUUGAAUAAAAAUAUCCGCUUUGUGGAACUGCUUAUGUGGAGAGAUCAUCCCGAUUACCCAUUUUUUGAUGAAUACUGACUUCAGAGAGUUCAAUUGAUUUUUCUCUCUACAUCAAGACCCUGUGCUGCGUAGUUCCCACAGAAGAGGCAACAAAAAGUGUUUUACUAUCUUUAGAGAAACUAGUGAUGGAAACAUGUCACACUUAACUUCUGUGUAGUGUAAGUGCCUUCCUCUUAGCUACUUUAAAGAACAAAACAUUUAAAUGUAUUGAAAUAACUCUUUAGAAAUUAUCUACUAAUUUUUCUACAUCUAUGUUUUCUACCGUUGAGUAUAGACAAAAACACAUUAAGGUUUACAAAAUACUUCAGACACAGUAUAUAAAGUCAAACAACUCAUAAAUAUAGUUACUGUCAUUGAAAGUCUGAGUUCUUCAGCACUAGAAAAGGCAACAAAGGGCGUAGAGAGAUGACAUGCACCAGGGUGCGUGUAGAGGUCUUAACAGUUUGUAUCAGUUUGUAUCAAUGAAUGCAAUACUGACACAGCCAAAAUAAGAUCUGCACUUGCAUUAUUAACAAGGAAGUUAUUUGCUAUACCAUAAGUAGAGAAAGAGGGUGAAAUGUAGAAAGGCUUUAUAAGGGAGCUAAAGAAACACAAUGGUCAGCAAAGAUAUAAUGAAUAUCAUUCCUGAGAACUAUUUUGUUCAGCUGAGGCCUUGGGCCAUAUUAAAUAGUUCUGUUAAGGAUGUCAUUUAAAGUGGUAGAGGCUGGGGAUACAGCUCAGUGGCAUCAGCACCUGCCUGGCAAGCACAAGGUAGUGAAUUCGACCCCCUGUACUGCAAGAAAUAAAAUAAAAUAAAGUGGUGGAAACUUCAACUACAUACUGUUAGUUUAACCACUAUGGUGCUGAAGACUGACUCACUAAAGUCACCCUUACAAGUACUUCAUGCCUAUGUGACCAACUCUAAUUAAAAAACUGGACCUCAAUCAUUACUGGGAUAAUUAAAUACUGCCUAUACAACUCUAUCAGAAGAAAAUAACCAAACAGUUGUCCUGGUGUCCCACCUGGACUCUUCCCUAUGUUCCUUUCAGUGUGGCUAAUUUUAAUCUGUAUCUUUUUCUAUAAUAAGUAAUAACUAUAAAUGUAACAGAUUUCUUAAUUUUGUGAGUCUUUCCAAUAAAUCAUUGAACCUGA